GUCGGCAGCAUUUGCACCUCCAGAGAAGACAUCUCUGGAGUCAAUUUUCGGCCGCUGACGCGUGGAGAUCAGACAGGCUUUCGGUCAAACCUGGAGCAUCAGGCAGUAGAUGAGGAAAAGGAAGAAAAUGACCUGUUUUUGGACACCCAUGGCCUAGAGAUGACUCACGCCUUGGCGAAGCCAGCUCCAACAAUGAUGAAAUCGUCUGUCUGUGGAAUGGUCCAUCUCGACAGACAGAAUGAAGCCAUGACAGGCUGGCUCUACAGCCCUCAACAAUCGACAACUGGCCGACGAGGUAGUCUUUCGGUAAGAGAAUGUUUUGAAAUUAUUAGCAAAUCUUAA